CAUUCUUGGCAGCGUCGCGGUCGGUGAACAGGCGAGUCGACCGUCGGGGCAAUGAAUGUUUCCACAAUGUCUUGUGAAUUAUCGUAACGGGAUACGAGCCGGACGAAAACACGGCAGAGCUUCUUUAGAGUGAAAAUCGGAGCUUCAUCCCUGCAUUGUGUCAGCAAACACUCAGACCACGCCUGCUUCACCUGCACAGCUGAGGCCUUGAGAUCUGCAUCAGACAGAGGAUAGUGUGAGAAGUGAACAGACCUCGACACAAGCUGGUCCUCACUGGACCAGUGAAGCCCUUCCUACCUCGCCUCUUUAAAGCAAUGUUUUUGGGAGCUGGAGGCCAUCGCAGCAUCAGCAGAGUGUGUGUGGGGCCCCUCCUCUCCCUCUUCCCUAGCACCCCUCCUGACAUGGGAUGCCCACCUUCUUCCCCCCUGCCCUCCGCGCUGCCCUGAGCUCUCCCGGGGCAACAUGAACACCUACAGAGACAGAGGAGUCACUUGCACCUCCUUGGACCUCCUGGACGGGGGAGGAGGGCUGCCCCAUUCGGGCUCCCAGCAUACGCCAUUCCGUCACACCCCAAAUGGCCACCCAGCCCCUGCCCCAACAGAUCUCACCACCCAACCUCGCAUCUCAGUGCCCAAAAUGGGUGUACGGGCACGCAUCGCAGAGUGGCCCCCGCGUCGCGAGCAGUCCCGGGAGUCGCUGCUUGAAAAUGGGCAGAGCGGCAGCAAUCACCAUGGAGAUGACUGCUCCAGUUCCAUUUCCUCGUCUGUUUUGUCAUCGGACAUCGGUUUGGUGCGGGGAGGGGUGACCAGGUUGCCACGACGACGGUCCAAGGAUGUCGAGUUCCGUGGCGGAGGGUUCAUAGGCGAGAGAGGUUCGCCUUUCAGCCUACGAGUGUUCCCUCCGUUGCGCCAGCGCUCCAACAGCGAAGUAACACUGAGUGAACAGGAUGAGAAUGAGGUGGAGGGCCGCGGAGGUGGUGGGAUGGGGAACCUGUUCAGGGAGUACGGCAGCACCUCAUCCAUUGACGUCCAGGGGAUUCCUGAACAGAGCUUCUUUGACAUGCUGAGCCAGUUCAACCAGGAGAGACCUGACCAGCGCAGCUCCGCCCCCAUACGCCUCGGGGAGCUGCUGCGCGCCCCCGAGUCGCCGCCGAAUGCACCCCUCCCCUCUGGAUCUUCGCCUGUUCCCACGCCAGGCGGGGAGGACAGGGGGACGGGAAGGAGGGACGGAACGGAGAACCGAGUGAGAAAGAAAAGUGGCGGGACAGAGUCAUCGCUGGGAACCUCCUCUUUGUUCCGGAAGCUUCGAAGCUCAAGUAGAGGGGAGCUGGAUGGAGGGAAAGGGGAGAGUAAUGAGGAGGGGGGAGGGAGGAGUGCAGCAGACGCUUCCUAUAAGCCGUGGGUGUGCCCCAAGAGCUUGGUCCACUACGAUGCUCAGAGCAUUCUGUUCGACCUCCACGAGGCAGCGGCUCAGCGAGGAUAUGUCGCCCAGAGGAGGAACACCGCCACGGGGGCGUCGGCCGCUUCGGUGUCCCUGUCCGUCUCCAGGUCCUCAGCUGCAAGUGGGAUGGACCCAACUUACUCCAGCAUGGAGGACCUGACCCUGAGUCUCGACCCCAGCUCCGCAGCACCCUCAUUGGGCAUGGAGUCUCUGGAUGGGCCUCCUGGACCCCACAGCUCCAGCCCCCUGCUCCUCUGCUGUCCCCACUUCCUCAAUGAGACUGGUGGCCACGGGGAACGCAACAUCAGCUUCCUCAGCUCCUCGGCGGAGCGGGGAGGAGAGGGAGGAGAUGGAGCGCGGGGCUGGCUGAGGAGGAGUAACGCGAGUGUGUCAGUGCUGGAGGUACCUAUUGAGCAGCAGGUGACCCGACUGGACAGAUUGAAACUCUACAGCAUAGAGCAUGUUGACCUGGGGGCCAGGUACUACAGAGACUACUUCCAUGGGAGAGAGCACUCGAACUACUUUGGGACAGAUGACAAGCUGGGCCCGGUGGCUGUGAGCAUCCGCAGGGAGAAACUGGACGACACCAAAGAUCUGAAGGACCAGUACCAGUAUCGCCUCAUUGUCAGAACAAGCGAGCUGGUGACCCUGCGAGGCUCCAUUUUAGAGGAUGCAGUGGCGUCCACAGGGAGGCAUGGCACGGUGCGGGGUUUGCCCCUCAAAGAGGUCCUGGAGCAGGUCGUCCCUGAGCUCAACGUGUCCUGUCUGAGACUGGCUCUCAGCACGCCGAAGGUCACCGAGCAGCUCCUCAAGCUGGAUGAACAGGGGUUAAGUCAGAAGCACAAGGUGGGCGUUCUGCUGUGCCGUGCGGGCCAGAGCACAGAGGAGGAGAUGUACAACAACGAGGAGGCGUCGCCCGCCUUCUCUGCCUUCCUGGAGCUGCUGGGGGAGCAGGUGCUCCUCAAAGGGUUCACCAAGUACGCCGCCCAGCUCGACACCAAGACGGACUCUACGGGCACCCACUCCCUGUACACCACCUACCAGGGCUAUGAGAUCAUGUUCCAUGUGUCCACCAUGUUGCCGUACAUGCCCAACAACCCACAGCAGCUCUUGAGGAAGAGGCACAUAGGGAACGACAUUGUCACCAUCAUCUUCCAGGAGCCUGGAGCGCAGCCUUUCACCCCUCAGAAUAUUCGCUCACACUUCCAGCACGUCUUUGUGAUUGUCCGCGUGCACAAUCCCUGCUCUGAAAACACCUGUUACAGUGUUGCUGUGACACGAAUGAAGGACGUUCCCCCUUUCGGCCCACCUAUCCCCAGCGGUGUCACCUUCCGUGACCCGGAAACCUUUCGCAACUUCCUGCUGGCCAAAGUCAUCAACGCAGAGACCGCAGCACACAAGUCAGAGAAGUUCCACACCAUGGCGACACGGACGAGGCAGGAAUACCUGCGUGACCUCGCUGAAAACUGUGUCAGCAGCACGCCGCUCGACUCUGCAGGAAAACUCAACAACCUCAUCUCCCUCGCGUCGAAAAAACGUGAGCGCUCAAAGGCAAGAGAGGGAGCGGAGUUGGGAGCGGCGGGGGCCGUAGCCUGGAGGGUGCUGGCCCAGGACUUCAGCGGGGGUGGGGCAGAGAUCCCCUGUGCACUGGGUUUGUCAGCUGAAUACGUCGUCCUGAUAGACUGCUCCACCAAAGAGGUCGUGUUUAACUGUUUCUGUGCUGAUGUGAUCGGCUGGACGCCGGAGCGGCUGGCGCUGAAGAUCUUCUAUGGCAGAGGAGACCACAUCGCGGUGCAGGUGCCAGAGGGCUGCGCCCAGGACAUCAGGGAGGUGGUACAGAGGUUAAAGUCGCUGACAGUGGGCUGUGAGACGGUGGAUAUGACCCUGAGGAGGAACGGACUGGGACAGCUGGGCUUCCACGUUCGCCUGGAUGGCACCGUGGCUGAGGUGGAGGAGUACGGCUUUGCCUGGCAGGCAGGGCUGAGGCAGGGCAGCCGAUUGGUGGAGAUCUGCAAGGUUGCCGCGGUGACACUGACUCACGAGCAGAUGAUUGACCUGCUGAGGACGUCGGUCACGGUCAAAGUUGUCAUCAUUCCUCCGUACGAAGAGGGGGGCCCCCGCAGGGGCUGCACAGAGGAGUAUGAGAUGAAGACCAUGGAGCAGAAGCCGGAGCCGGAGCCUUUGGCAGCAGGCUACCGGCCCUCCCCUCGUCCCCCAGCCUGGCGAUGGGACAGCCCACCCAUCACUCCAGGGCUCCACGCUGCCCCCAACCCACAGCGCUGGACCCCCAUGGGCCCCCCGCUUCCUCCGCUGCCCCGCUCACACAAGGCACUGGUCCCUAUUCCCUACAGGGAGCCUCAGCACCUCAACUCCAAGAGGCCGGUGAGUUACCCAGAGAACCACUACAGCCUGUCUCCUGCAGGGGGCGACAGAGUGGUGCCCUACAGGAACCCCUCGGCCAGUUUCUCCUCCCCUUCCUCUGGCCUUGUGGGCCUGUCCACCAUGGGACCCCCUGGAAUCACACCGGGCCCUUUCGUACGCUACAAACCUUCACCUGAAAGGUAUGGGACAGCACCGCGCUCCCUGCUGCCCUUCGAGCCCCAUCUCACUCUGGACAUCACCUCCAGCGGAGAGUCUUCCUCUGGCUUCACCAGCCAGGACAGCACCAUGGAGCGCUGCAAAACAGAACCGCUGUGGCAUGUCCCAGUGUCGUCGUCUCGGGGGAUGGGUGGAGGAGGGGGGCAGAGGAGGCCAACCAGACAGGACGUCCCAGGGAAGGACUCUCCAAACCGACACUCAAAGGGUGAGACUCAGUACUCCAGCCACUCCAGCAGCAACACGCUGUCCAGCAAUGCCUCCAGCAGCCACAGUGAUGAGCGCUGGUUUGAUGGAGCACCUGGAGGAGAGAGAGGAGGCGGCGGUGGCAGCGGCGGUUGCCUUGGCGACCCGGUCGACCCCGACCAUGACUUUCUCAACAAGGGGGGUUCCAGCGACAGCGGCAUCGACGCCCCGACCCACUACAACCACACUCGCCAUGGAAACGUGUCCAACAGUCAGCCCCACAAGCCCAUGCACUCCUCUGCGACUUACAGCGGCCUGCAGGAACUGACGGUGGGAAGGAGCGGCAGCGGAGAAGCAAGGAGACGAGAGUCGUCACCCGUAAUACCGGCGUCAGCCAAUCAGAACAAAGGAUACAGGACCAAGACAUUCCCGCCCCCCGGCUCCAGCGCUGAGAAAACAGACGUUUUCAAACCCAGGGCCUGCUACACACCGCAGGGUUACAAGACUCCCACUGCAGAGAAAGCCCGGCCUGUCCGGGCCUCCACAACCACACCCACCUCAGCUCAGCAAGGCUCCGCCCCUCUGUCCAGCUCCGCCCCCAAGGCCUUUUACGGAAAGAGCAGACAGGCUGUGUGGCAACCGGAAGACAACAGCCCAUCACCCUCAAACACAACCACAAUAUCCAGCUCUGACAGCAGCAGCAGCAGCAAGAAGCAGGUCGACGUGAACUGUAAGAAUGUGUUUGGACAGCCUCGGCUCCGAGCCUCGCUGAGGGACCUGCGCUCCCCACGACGGACGUACAAGAGCACAAUUGAAGACGACCUAAAGAAGCUUAUUAUCAUGGACAACCCCGGAGAGACACCGCCGAGAGAUCCAUCUCCCAGACGCACCUUGCAGCGAACCUUCUCAGAUGAGUCACUGUGCAGCGGGCGCAGAGAUGCCAGCUUUGCCAACUCUGAGAAUCCGACCACCCCCACUGACCUGCUGUUCACCUGCACGCUGCCCACACGCAGACACGCCGUCUCUGCCAACCACUCCAGCCACAUGCAGGGCAAGAAGGUCCCUCUGUCUGCGUCUGAGCUGUCCCUUACAGAGGUGAGGGACAAGGUUCCCCCCCUGAGGAGGCUGGACCCCGGGCUGAUGCCCCUCCCUGACACCGCCUGUGGACUGGAGUGGUCCAGUCUGGUCAACGCCGCUAAAGCCUACGAAGUGCAAAGAGCAGUGUCCCUGUUCUCACUGACGGAGCCUCAGGGUGGCAGUCCAGACAUGAGGCCGGUCAUCAGUCCAGUCCACUUCCACACUCCUCAGACGCCGCGCACCACGCCCACCUUCAGCGGUGAUGAAGUGCCCAACGAUCUGUCAGGAAGACUCCACCACCUGGAGGUGAUGCUGAAACAGCUGAACAAUGAUCUGGAGAAAGAGAAGAAGGACAAGGUUGUGCUGCUGGCAGAGAUGGCCAACCUGCGAGAGAACAACCAGCGGCUGCAGGAGGAAAGCCAGUCGGCCAGCGAGCAGCUCCGCAAGUUCAGCAUGCUGUUCAACAACACCCAGCCGGAGAGGAAGUGACCCGGCAGCUCUCCCCGCAGCACAGGGCGCUGCUUCAAAGAGGGAGCGGCGGCCACCCGCUCAGCAGGGUGCCGCGCAGGCCAGAGGAGGAUCGCAGCGGGCACAGAAGAGAGAAAUCGCCUUUUCACUCUGCCCCCUCAAUACCCACGAUUCCUUGCACACACAGGGCCAGCAGAGACCCCCCCCCCCCCCCACAGAUGUUGCCUCACUCAGCUUCCCCUGGACUGCCUUAAACCGGAGAGAGCCACAGACAGAUGAGCUUAUUUUUGAAAUGCAGAGUUCAGCGCUCCCAACAAGUGUCUCCUCGCCCCGCCCUCCUCUGCCCUCAGCCUGUGCGCCCCGCAGAGCGGCGUCCCGCCACCUCUUGCUCUCUGAGCCGACCCGUCGUCUUAUUUUUCUAAACCCAAGUCUUACGCUACUAUGCCAGAAGAAGCUAGUAGGAGAGGAGAUUCUGACUGUAGUAGAAAACACUACUUCACCUGGAGAGGCCUAAUACUGUUCCCAAGCGAAUCAGCCAAAAAAAAUAAAUAAAUAAAAAUAAAAACUAAAGACUGCAUCUCCCAGAGUGCACUAGAAGUAAAGGAUUUUCAACUUCUAAAGACAUGGUACUGUAGUCAUAUGCCUGUGUGGUACAAUUCUCAUAUAUCAAUAUUAUCUAUAUUGUACUGAUAUUCUAUAACAGUUGUACUAAAGAGGUGUGUGUGUGUAUGUGUGUGUGUAAAAGUUGGAGGUGAAGGGUACAGCAAACACUCUGAGGCAACUUAUUACACAACACAGUGUGUGCAGGACAGGAUGUGUUUUAUUACCCUUUGUGUGUGUGUGUGUGUGUGUGU